UGUCAGGUUGACGACAGUGGACGAACGGGGCUAAUGUGCUACGUAACCAACUGAGCAGGUGAACCUUACCGUCACCUAAUUAACCGUCUGAAGGGAAGUUCAAAAUGGAUGCAACGUCUCCAGUGACACAUAUGAGACAUAAAAGUGGAGAUCCUCUGUGAAGUCACAACAUACCAGAUAUGAAAGAAAAGUCAAUAAUAUCUAACCUGCGUCUGAAGUUUGCAGAAAGGAGCUGGAAUGACACUUUUCAGCUGGUCCGCAGAUGCAUGGAAAAAUCCAGAGAUGAAUCCAGACCCUGUGCGCCACUGGUUAGAUCCCUGGAAAGACUCCAAGAGGAGUUUAAUGUGUCGUCUUUGAAUAUCACAAAGUCUCGCCUGGAGAUGAUCGCCAAACAACAGGGAAUGGGUUUUCAUGUCACUGAGGCCACGUGUUACCUCACAGCCGACCUGUUCUACCUGGAGGUGGUGUUGGAACAGUGUGGUCGGGUGGAGGAAGUAAAGGUGGCUCCACAAGUAGGACCUCCCGUUUCCAGUGAGUCCCUCCUGCAGCUGCUGAGGGUGAAGAACUAUACUGACUUCUCCAGGAAAUUAGCAGGCCUCUUUGCCCAGUACAACAUGCCUGGAGACAACAGUGACAUCAAAUUAAAACUUUUUACAUCUCUACAACACCUCGGGAAAGACUUGCUGCAAAUAUCAGUUUUGCAAAGGGCACCAAAUGACUGUGACUCCAAGAUAGACCUGAUUAACAGUGGAAGGACUGGGUGUGUAAUUGAAGGAAAAGAAGAUUGCCCUCUGAUCAUCCAGUUCUAUGUCACUCCAACUGAGUCCGAUUCACAAACAGCAGAUUCAAAGCCAGUUAUCCAUGAAGCCCAGGUGACUGUCAGUGCCAGCGACGUGGCUCACAAGCUUCAGAUGUCAUCUCUGAUCCCGCAGCCUCCACAGCUGGAUCCUCAUGGUUCUCCUGUGUUCCUGCUGUUAAAUGAAGUGCCACAUGAGACACAGCCAGCCUGCUUCCUCCUCAAACUGCAGCCGUUUGUACCAAUGACGGCAUCUUUUGUGAAGAAGCUGAGUCUGAUUACAGAUGUGACUGUACCAGAUGUUGACCUGCAGUGGGCGCCCUUACCCAGUCUCCUGGUGCGAGGUUCACAGAGUGCAAACAGCCACAGGGAGACAUCAGAUGAGCAGGAUACUAUUUAUACAGUGAAAUUUCCUGAUGUGAGUCACAGUUACAUUCUCCCUCGAGCUGCAUGGCAGGCAUCUGCACAGAUAGCGACUGUGAUGAGCAGCGUUCCCUUCACCCAUCCUGCUCAUGUCCCGGCUAUACUGGAGCUGCUGCGACAUCAGUGUGUCAUCAACACCCUGCUGAGGAGCUGUGUCACUGGAGCCACUCCAGGCCCGGAUUGUGACCUGCACUUUGAAGUCCUGCCAGAGACGGACACCAGCUUUUCUGUGACCUUCAACCCUCCUGACACUGACUCCCUCGCUGUUUUGCUGGUGAACAUAUCCGAUUCUCAUCAGAUCACCUGCAGCUUGUUUGGAGCAGGAACAGGUGAUGCGACCACGGAUCAGUACAUCUCCACUGUCAUUACGAGGUGCAUGUCUGUUCCUGUGACCUUGAGGACACUGUGCUCAAAGCUCAAGGAACUCGCCUCCACUCCACGUUCUCCGAGCCGCCUGGCCACCGCGGAGGCCGAAAAUUACCACUCUGCUCCCUCAAGUGCCGCUGUGACGGACACCGACAGCACCGCGACAAAGUUGUCCCCGGGUGCAGCUGUGGCUGAGGACAGCUCCAGUGUUUCUGGCGCAGCCUGCUACGCCAUGUCUGUCGCCGAUUCUGAGCUUCUGACUUAAAGAAAAACAAGUCAGUCCUUAAACACUCACUACUUGGUUGGUGUAUCGUCUCAUUGGAUGGGCAGCGAUGCUUCACCGUGAACACUAACUUUAACUUCUUUGUGCUGAGCAAAUAUCUUAAAAUGUGAUUAUACAUAUUUGUGUUUUUAUGUUGCCAUUUUCUUCACAAAACAAAUAGGGAUAAAUAGAAAACAAGUCACGCAGGAGUUGAAGUUUUUUUUGGAGUGAAGAUGCUCUGUAACUGCAGCACUUUCUUUGUUAGCGUUUCUUACUAUGCAUUCCACUGUGGCAGAGAUUGCUGCCUGUUAAGGGUUGAGGUUUGGCUUUUGACCUCUCUCAGACAGCCAACAUCCCAGUCCACUGAGGCCUCGUGAGACAAUCAGACGUUUCUUAAAAGAAGACGAUGCCUUCCCAGUAGCUCGUAAUGAUAAAGUAAAGAUCAACACACUGCGUAUUAAAAUGACGAGUAGCUUUGUUGGAUUCAUAAAUGAUUCUGUCAACGUUUCUACGCACAGUGUUGUUUUGGGGUUUUUUUACGUUGGGAAAAUAAAACUUAGCGCACUUAAGAAAUGA